CCCUGGCUAUAUGGAAAGAUAUAACAAGUCAAUUGCCAGGGAAGCAACGAUAAAAUACAUUGAAGUGGCGAAAAAGCAUGGAUUAACUCCGGUUGAACUCGCGCUCGGAUUCUUACGGGAUCGGCCAUUCAUGACGAGUUCGAUUAUCGGCGCGACCUCAGUCAACCAGCUCAAGGAAGAUAUCGAUGCUUUUUUGACAAUUCCACGACCUUUGGCUUCGGAGGUAAUGGAAGAUAUUGAAGCCGUUUUCAAAAGAUACAAAGACCCCGCCAUUCUCUGAGAUCAAACACUUCCAGGCAUGUCAUUUACUCAUUCUGUUCUUUUUAUUUG